ACCCGAAGAGUCCAGUUUUUCCCAUGAACCAUCUUUCACCUCUGGAAGGUAGAGGUAAGGUUUCAGGUCUUUGUUUCUUCCUUUCCUCUGGCAAAAAAAAAUGGUUUCAGCUCGUCACGGGGGUGGCUUGUGCUGGAGCACCUCUUCAUGUGGAAUUAAUUACUGACAGCGCUGAAAGCAAAACUCACCGUUUCUCUCUGUCCUUGGCUUUCCCUGGGUUAUUUUCCAUACGUGAGAUGUGCAGUCAGUCCGCCUCGCGUUCCUGGCUAUGAGAGCUGCUUUAAAAGCUCAUAAAGAUGCAAUUACUGCCCUAAUCAACUGCGCUUUCUCAAUAUGUUGUGCAAAAUGGAGUAGCUAAUUGCUGCGGUGACGGAGUGGUACGCAGAGGGUUUGUGCUGAAGAGUGAGAUGAGGUGUGUAAGGGUUACGUUGCGAGGUGGCUUGCGGUGCUCAUGGCUUCUGAUCAGGUGAAUGGAGUGCAGAACUCGAGGACUCCAAAAGUCCCAAACUUGGGAGAUCGGAGUAUGUUACGGUGAGGAUUAAUGCGAGUUGGAGAGCAAGAAGUGUGCGCUCAGCAUCCUCGUAGCACUUAACUAGCUGAUGCAUGUAACAACCUGAGCACUCCUGUGGUUUGCCCACAGCCGGCAAUAUCUUCAAGGAAAAUUGUUGUAAUGGAGUGGUAAUUUGGAAAGACAGUAGAAUAUAUUUAGAAAUGAACAGAGUGGUGAAAGCAAGAGGCAGCGAGAGGCUGGGCUGGCUGCAGUUGCUGUAUGUCUGUGGGUCCACAGCUUCUCUCCUGCACAGCUGGGAGUGCUUGUUCCUGCAGACCAGGAGCAGGAAGCCUGUGAAUUGCAUUGGGCAGUCAGCUCUAACUGUCAUGCUGCAGUGCAGAAAUGACAUGCAUCACUGUGGUUGCUUUUACUUGAUGGACUUUUGUAUUGCUGGUGCCACAGGUCUCCCUCUGAGUGAGCUGCUAUUGCUUUGGAGUGGGACCUGAGUUUGGCUGGAGUGCAGUGGAGAGCAGAAAGUGGUCCUAUACUUGGCUCUGCCUCUGUGGGGUGGGACAGUGGCAGGAAUAAGGCUUGGCUGUGACAGCAGCAUCGUGUUGGCCUCACACAUUGUCACCAUCGGUCCCCACACGUCUCUUAAACAUCGAGGAGCCAACACUGGGAGCUCUGCUUCUGGUUAAUGAUUAAGCUACGCCGGCGGACUCGUCUGAUUAACAAACAGGUGAAUUCAGGAGUUUUCAGCACAAAAAGCUCACCUUUCCCUCUGUACAUAGCAGCUACUUCUUGAUUGGAAGUGGGGAAGCCAUAUCACAAGCAAACAAAAAACCGGAGCUCCUGCUGCUCUUGAGGUUUCUUUGUUUUUCUCUCCAGCACCUGAGCAGAUGCAGCCUGUGGCAGGGUGACCUUGCAGCUCCGUGUGUAGGGGUGGGCUGCCUCUGCUUUUUGCCCUUUUUUUUCCCCACCUAUAUCCCCAAGCACUGAGAAUGGAUAACGCGUGCUGAUGCUUGAGCUGAGACGGCUCCAAACAUCAGCAUGGCAGCUGCAGCCCAGCCAGGGGAAGGGGUAGAUUCCCAAUUGUGGGGUGUGCUGUGGGGAGGAAGGGCUCCAGGUGGAUUUUAAUUGAGGUGCUCUGGAUUUCCCCUAAUUCAGGGGCCGACAAAGCAGCCCCUGGAAUUAUGUGUGUGGGGAGCACUGCCUUCGUCCCACCUGGCACCUCCCAUCCAUUUCCUUUUCUUUUUCCCCUACCCUCCCGUAUUAAAUUUCAUUCUUUCCUCUAGCAAAUGGACAUUUUGGCUUUGUAUUAAGCGAGUUUGAUCUGAUGGAGUUCCCUUCCCCAUUAUCCUGCGAUGGGACUUUGAGAUGUAAAACUGUAAAUACGCCAGCGGAGCCACUGCCUCCCCGCCCUAGCCCUAGGUCUUUGCCGUGUUGAAACUCCCUCUUUAUUCCUUAAUGAUCAUAUUCAUUCCACUUUAAAUAGACUUCCUGCUGUUAACAAGGUUUUCAGGCGUUGCAACACUUCACAAAGCAUAUCUCUGGUGAGAUGUUUGCAGGAGAUGCAGCCUCUGGUUACCAUUGGGAACGGGAAGGUGAUGGCAGAGCCGGCAGCGACAGCACUCCCUUUUCUGGGUAGGUUCAGAGGGGGACGUUGUUUGAGCCCUGCUGAUGGAAACAGAGGUGUUGGCAGCCCUGUGGAAGGAGCAGCUCCCAGGUUUGUCCCUGUUGCUGGCUGUCUGUGGUACCUGUUGUGGAGGUGCUGCAGACAAAAGCUUUCAGGAAAGAGUUGAUGGGAUUUGAGGUGUCUGCUGGUGACUUUGGCUCCUCUGUAUGAGAAGGAGGAAGAACGGUGCUGCUAUGGGAGCUGGUCGUAGUUUCACAUCUGAGAGCUUUUUCUGUUGCUUUUUUAAAAUCCUAAAAUGCCAUCCAGGUGCUCUCGUUUUCACUUGUAAAUGAUAGGAUGGCUUGGGCUGGGAGGGACCUUAAUGAUCACCCAGUGCCAGCCCCCCAUAGUUCAACAGUCAGGUUGGGCGCUGUGUUUACGCAGGAAGUAUUUGGGACACUUAUCUCAUGGAAGAGGUACAAAGAAAACAUUUAAACUUAGAAUCAUGGAAUCAUUUGAGUUGAAAGGGACCCUGAAAGGCCACCCGGUCCCACUGUCUGCAGCAAACAGGGACACCCACAGCUCCAUCAGUGCUCAGAGCCCCAUCCAGCCUGAUCCUGGGUGUCUGCAGGGAUGGGGCACCCACCACCUCCCUGGGCAACCCGUGCCAGUGCCUCACAUCUAAGCAGGGGGUCUGUCAUCGGAUCCAAUUGAGUUCUUUGGCCAUACUCACACACCUGCUGCAGAACCCCUGCCCAGGUCUGCGAUGUCACCAUCCUGCUGCUGUCACCACUGAUGUCACGGAGUCCCAACCAGGGUCCCCUUUGCACGCAGUGCUGCAAUGGGAGCAUCACCCAGUGCUGGAGCCGUGCAUCGCUGCAGCCUUCAUACAAAUAGUUACUCUUCUUGAUGGUCUGUGAAGCUCAAUUCGUUGUCCCUCGUGCAGGUAGGGCUGGAGGUGCUGAGGAGAUGGGCUGGAAACACACUGGUGUGUGGGCUGAGCGGGAUCACAGUCAGCAUCCAGCAGGGACGGGAAAUGAUGCCGGGCAUCUUAAUGGCUUUUUAGUCUGCUGGGUUCUCUGCUGCCCUCAAGGAAUCUGUGCUUCCUGGGCAGCAAAGAUGAUGUAUCAUUUAAUUGAAAACCACACUCAAGUGAGCCUGUGCGUUUUCAGGGCUUAACGAUUUGCUGUUCUUUGCCUAAUGCAGUAUUUGCUGCACAAGCCCUUCCUGUGGAUGGAAGGUUAUAAAGCGGUACCGAUUUAUUUUCUCCCAUUGUUUCAGCUAUUUUGGUAGCUCUUUGUCGGUGCUCUUAGCUACGUCACUGACGCUCUCAAGGGCACCUCUUUGGUACGGGACCAGUUCUCUCUGUUAGAAACCUUGCUUUCCUUCUGUCCCAGCAUUACCCAGCCAUUGGUUGGAUCAUGUAGGGCUCAGCAUGGAAAAGUUUAAGGGAAAGACCGGAGAAUCACAGAAUGGCUUGGGUUGGAAGGGACCUUAAAGAUCAUCCAGUUCCAACUCCCUUGCCAUGGGCUGGGUGCCCCCCACCGGCUCAUGCUGCCCAAGGUCCAUCGGUGGUCUUGAGCACCUCGAGGGAUGGGGCACCCACAGCUCUGGGCAGCAGUGCUGGGGCUUCACCACCCUCUGAGGCAAGAAUUUCCUCCUAACGUCUGAUCUGAAUCUCCACUUGUAGUUUAAAACUGUUUCCCCUUGUCCUGUCUCUAUCACACCAUGUAAAAAGUCGAUCCCCUUCCUGUUCACAAUCUCCCUUCAGGUCCUGGAAGGCCACAGUGAGGUCUCCCUGCAGCCUUCUCUUCUCCAAGCUGAACGAGCCCAACUUUCUCAGCCUGUCUUCAUAGGAGGGGUACUCCAGCCCUUUCUUCAUCCUUGCAGCCCUCCUCUGGGCCUGCUCCAACAGCUCUGCAUCCCUCAUCCUGCAGCGGAGGCCCAAGGCUUGGGCAGGGUACUCCAGCUGGGGCCUCAUGGGGGCAGAGCAGAUGGUCCACCUCCCCCCCACCCCUCUGCCUCCCCUCUUCUGAGGUAUCUUAAGGUAACACAGACUGAGGUGAGUGCAUGUCCUGCUGGGCAUGACACGUCCCCAAGGCACGCUGGGGUUGUCCCCAUCUGGGAGAGCUUUCCUCCUGCCUCCCUGAGGUUCUGGGCUCUGUUGGAAGGAGCGAGGAUACAUGGAAGGGGAGCGCAGGGCCUGCAGGAUGCCUUCACCCCGCUUUGCUCUGUGCAGCAGCUUUGCUGGAAGACGUGGCACAGCAGGAUACCUGGAGAGGCGUCCUUUUAUCUUCAAGAAAUAACAAAUAAACCUGCUUAGAAGCGCCUCUGUGUUUGUUUCGGUGCUUUUGAUCCUUCUUUGAAAGAGGAAAAUUUGAGAGGAGUUAAGCCCUCAGUAAAGAGUACCUCGUGCUUUCAGUUAGAGGCUGUUUUCUUUCUCCCCCCCCGUUCACCACUAAAAUCAUUCUGUAGCGCCGAUGCGAGUUGUGUAACCACUUGUCAAUAAUUCAGGGCGAGUUAGAUCUGUUUCUGGUAAACUUUCAAAAGACAAACACAAAACCCCAAACCCACUGUUUGGCUGACAGCGAGCGAGAAGAGUUUCUCUGUUGUUUUUACUUCCUUCGCGAGCUGCUUGCGUACGCUUUGCUGGGUGCCCAGCUCUGCUCCUGCUGCUUGCAGCAGAAGGGUUGCACUUGAAAUGCUCACGCUGCCAUCGCAGCUCCUUUCACUGCAGGGAGCUGCUGCUGCUGCAUCCGCGUGGAGGGGGUGGGAGAAGGGGCCGAAAUGUGAAGCAUUUCCUGGCCGUUCUGCCCGAGGAUGGGUUUCAGUGGUGGUUACUUACCGGUGAGUCAGGCUGGGAGCUGAGACCGAGAACCAGAAAUGCUGGUCAGUCAUUUUCGUGGCAGAUGAGUGGUAGGGGCGCACCGCCCAUGGAAUCCUGGUGAUUGGAGAUGCAAAGGUGAAUUCUGUUCCUCCGCCGUGUGCUGUCCUUGCCCUGCCACGCCGGCACCUCGGAUGAUGCUCAGCAAAUCCAAGUGUGCUGCUGGCUGCGUCCAACACGAGGUGAAAUUCAGCAUCCACGGAGAGCGUGGAGAAAUCGCUGGCCUCAGCAGUGCAAUGGGAUGGCUCUCAGCUGGGGCUUUGGCACAGCUGUAGCCCAUUCACAGGUACCCUUGCCUAUAGGCGAGAAGGUGCAAAGUAGGUCAAGAUGAGUGGCCUUGGGGACAGCUCGACAGACCCCGCCAACCCCGACUCGCGGAAGAGGAAGGGCUCGCCCUGCGAUACGGCCCAGAGCAAUGAAAAGCGGCGGCGGGAGCAAGAGAACAAAUAUUUGGAGGAGCUGGCAGAGCUGUUGUCUGCAAACAUUGGGGACAUCGACACCCUGAGUGUCAAACCAGACAAAUGCAAGAUCCUGAAGAAGACGGUUGAUCAGAUCCAGCAAAUGAAGAGGUUGGAGCAAGAGAAAGCAGCUGAUGAUGAAGUCCAGAAGUCUGACAUCUCAUCCAGCAGCCAAGGAGUGAUUGAGAAGGAGUCGCUGGGACCUCUUCUGCUGGAGGCAUUGGAUGGCUUCUUCUUCGUCGUGAAUCGCGAAGGGAGGAUCGUCUUCGUCUCUGAGAACGUCACCAGCUACCUGGGGUACAACCAGGAGGAGCUCAUGAACACCAGUGUCUACAGCAUCCUGCACGUGGGGGACCACACCGAGUUUGUCAAGAACUUGUUGCCCAAGUCUCUAGUGAAUGGAGUUCCCUGGCCUCAGGAAGCGACCCGACGCAACAGCCACACGUUCAGCUGCAGGAUGCUGAUCCGGCCGCCCGACGAGCCCGGCACUGAGAACCAGGAGGCUCGACAGCGCUACGAGGUGAUGCAGUGCUUCACCGUUUCCCAGCCCAAGUCGUUCAAGGAGGAAGGAGAAGAUUUCCAAUCCUGUCUGAUAUGCAUUGCGAGAAGGUUACCUCGACCAGCAGCCGUCACCCCUUCCGAAUCCUUCGUGACCAAGCAAGACACCACAGGUAAAAUCAUCUCCAUCGACACCAGCUCCCUGAGAGCUGCCGGCAGGACGGGUUGGGAAGAUUUAGUGAGGAAAUGCAUCUAUGCUUUCUUCCAGCCUCAGGGCAGAGAGCCAUCUUACGCCAAGCAGCUGUUUCAAGAAGUGAUGACACGUGGCACGGCCUUCAGCCCAUCUUAUCGAUUCACCCUGAGCGACGGGACGGUGCUCAGCGCUCACACCAAGUGCAAGCUCUGCUACCCCUCCAGCCCAGAAGUGCAACCCUUCAUCAUGGGCAUCCACAUCAUCGACAGGGAUCACGGCAUGCUGUCCCCCCAGGAGAACACUAACUCGGCCAUGGCCCUUCCGCGGGUCAGCCCCUCUCUGAACCCCAACAUCUCCCCCGGGCAAGGCAUGGCCCUGCCGCCCUCCAUCCCUCCCUCCAACGGCAGCAUGCUGGCCACCCCUGGCAACCAGCAGCCCGGUGCCGGCCUCCACAGCAGCAACUCCAGCACCAGCCAAACGAGCUUCGGCUGUUCUCCUGGGAACCAGAUAGGAGCCAACGUUGCCUUAAGCCAGGGACAAGCCGGUCCCCCAAACAGUAACCACAAUUUAAACCUCAGUAGCUCCCCCAUGAACAGCCCAGGGAUCACCCCGCCGCAAUUCAUGUCUCCUAGGCACCGGGUCAGCCCAGGACUGGUCCCCCGGCCCCGGGGACCCAGCAAUCCCUUCUCCCCCACCAUGCCCACCAUGCACUCCCCCGUGGGCAUGGCUAACAGCGGCGGGGGCGGCAACGGUGGCGGCGGCGGCGGUGGCUCCAGGUCCUUUCCCACCGCCCCCAUAAACUCUUUGCAGGGGCUUAGCGAAGGUGCCAGCACGCCGGUGGGCUACUCCACGCCACCCCCUGUGCUGAGACAGCUGGGCUCCCAGAGCUCGCCUGGCCGCCUUGGCAUGCAGCCCAUGAAGGCGGAGUCCAAGGACAGCAAGGAGAUCGCCUCCAUCCUGAGCGAGAUGAUCCAGUCCGAUGGCAGUGCAGGUGACGGCAAGCCGCUGGACUCGGGUGUGCUGCAUGCCAGCGAGAGGCUCACAGAGGGGGAGAGCAAGUGCUCCCAAGCCACCAGCCACAAGCUGGUCCAGCUGCUGGCCAGCACGGCCGAGCAGCAGCUUCGGCACGCGGACGCGGACACGAGCUGCAAGGAUUCGUUGGCCUGCGCGGGCACCACGGGCACGCUGGGUGCCAGCAACCCGCCGAGCAGCACCUGUCCCUCCUCCCAUAGCUCGCUGACCGAGCGGCACAAGAUUUUGCAUAGACUCCUUCAGGAGGGCAGCCCUUCUGACAUCACCACCUUGGCCAUGGAGCACGACAAAAAGGAUAACGUCCCCAACCCCGCCACCACCCCGACGGCCCCGAGCCAGCUGCCGGGCACCCAGGACAUCAAGCUGGAGUCGGAUGCGAUGAAAAAGAAGGAUGUCAAGGAUCACCAGCUCCUGCGCUAUCUGCUUGAUAAGGACGAGAAGGAGCUCGCUGCCGCCCCAGCCCUCAGCCUGGAUGACGUGAAGGUGAAGGUGGAGAAGACGGAGCAGAUGGAGCCCUGCAACACCACCCCAGUGCCGCUGGCCAAGCCGCCGGCCGCAGAGGAGGUCAAGCUGGAGUCACAAGGCCAGUUUGCUGCUGAACUGGAGCAGCUGGACCAGCUCCUGCCAUCACUGGAGAAAGCUGCCCAGCUACCGGGCUUGUGCGGGCCAGAGAGGAGUGAGAGCGGCGUGGCUGUCAAAUCCGAAAUGCUGGCAGCCCCCCUGCAGCCCAGCACUGCCCCCAGAGCCCCCACCGGCCUCAACCCUCUCAGCAGCGGGCAGGGCAUGCAGGCAGCUCGAGCCCCCUUUGAGUUCUGCGACCCACUGGAGCCAGCUCAGCUCAGGCCAGUUGCUUUCCCCACAACCAACGGCAGCAGCCCGCGGCCCCGAGCGCCGGCCGAGCAGGGCAGGGGCACCGUGCCAGGACCAAACCCCUUCCCACCUGACACAGGGAUGUCAGAGCUGGAGAUGGGGGUGCCAGAUCACCAGUUUGGGCAGCCGGGCAUGGGCGAGCAGAUGCCAUGGACAGAUAACAGCAUGGCACCCAUGAACCGAGGCACGCUGAGUAAACCUGAAGACCCCUGCAUCACCUCGCAGCUGGACGAGCUCCUGUGUCCUCCCACCACCCCGGAGGGCCGCAACGAUGAGAAGGCGCUGCUGGAGCAGCUCGUGUCCUUCCUGAGUGGCAAGGACGAGACGGAGCUGGCCGAGCUGGACCGAGCCCUCGGCAUCGACAAACUGGUGCAGGGCGGCGGGCUGGAAGCCCUGACGGAGCGGUUCCAGCCCCAGCAAGCCACCCCUCCGCUGAUGAUGGAGCAGAAGCCCGGCAUGUACCCCCAGCCUUACUCCUCUGCAUCUCCCACCACCAACCUCCCUGCCGCCUUCCCCGGCAUGGUCCGCCAGAAGCCGUCCUUCGGUCCCAUGCCGGUGCAGGUCCCGCCGCCGCGCGGUGCCUUCCCCACCACCAUGGCCAUGCAGCCCCGGCAGGCGCUCAGCCGACCCCCCACGGCUCCCAACCAGCUGCGACUUCAGCUGCAGCAGCGGCUGCAGGGCCAGCAGCAGCUGAUCCAUCAGAACCGGCAGGCGAUCCUCAACCAGUUUGCAGCCAACUCCCCUGUGGGCAUCAACAUGAGGGCAGGCAUGCAGCAGCAGAUGACCCCGCAGCCUCCCCUCAACGCCCAGAUGCUGGCCCAGCGCCAACGCGAGCUCUACAGCCAGCAGCACCGGCAGCGGCAGCUCAUGCAGCAGCGAGCCAUCCUCAUGCGCCAGCAGAGCUUCGGCAACAACCUCCCACCCUCAGCCGGGCUCCCGGUGCAAAUGGGGGCCGCCCGCCUCCCCCAGGCUCCCCCACAGCAGUUCCCUUAUCCCCCCAACUACGGUACGAGCCCCGGGAACCCUCCCACCUCCACCAGCCCCUUCUCGCAGCUGGCUUCCAGCCCUGAGGCCGCGUUGGCCAACCGCGGCGGCAUGGUGACCAGGGGGAUGAUGGGCAGCGUCGGAGGGCAGUUUGGCACCGGGAUGACACCGCAGAUGCAGCAGAACAUCUUUCAGUAUUCCGGAUCAGGCAUGGGUCAGCAGAAUGAGCCCACCUUCGCCCCGUCGCUCAGCCCCAGCAGUCCCCUGAUGUCACCGCAGCUCCCUCCAUCACAAAGCCCAAUGCUGCAGCCGGCACCUCCUGCACCGGGCUAUCAGUCACCUGACAUGAAGACCUGGCAGCAGGGAGCCAUGGGGAACAGCAACGUAUUCAGCCAAACGGGGCAGACCCAGCCAGCACCGGCCCAGCAGGGAAUGUACAACAACAUGAGCAUCACCGUCUCCAUGGCAGGAGGAAACACCAAUGUCCAGAACAUGAAUCCCAUGGCGGGACAGAUGCAGAUGAACUCACUGCAGAUGCCUGGGAUGAACUCCAUGUGCUCGGAGCAGGUAAACGACCCGGCGCUGAGACCCACAGGCCUUUACUGCAACCAGCUUUCCUCCACUGACCUUUUGAAAACAGAAGCAGAUGGGGCGCAGCAGGUACAGCAGGUUCAGGUGUUUGCCGACGUGCAGUGUACAGUGAAUCUGGUAGGAGAUCCCUACCUGAACCCUCCGGCUCCCCUGGGCGCCCCGAAAGCCGCCGCGGUGCCGCCGACCCCGCAGGGCCAACAGAAGAGCCUUCUUCAGCAGCUACUGACUGAAUAACCGCUUUUCGAGGAAUGUGAAAAAAAAAAAAAAAGAGAAAAAGAAAAAAAAAAAUUUAAAUAAUGAGACGUACAGAGAUAUAUAAAUAUAUAUAUUAUAUAUUUUUCUGAGAUUUUUGAUAUCUCAAACCGCAGCCAUUCUUCAGCUCGUAGUGUUUGGAGCAAAAAGGGGGGAGGGGGGCUGUUUCCUUUUGUUUGGGGGGUUCUUUUUGUGGGUUUUGUUUAUUCCCUGCCCUCUUUUUCUCCCCCCUUCCCUCCUUUCUUUCCACUUUGGUUUCCAUUUCCCCCCGCCUUUUUUCCCCCUUGUUUCCCUUUUUUUCCUCCAUUUUUUCCCCCUUUUUCCCCCUUUCCCCCCUCUCUUCCUCCCACCCCCCUUUUUCUCCCUCCUUGUUUUUUUACAAAACAAACAAACAAACAAAAAAAAGAAAAACCACAAAGCGUUGGGCGUUGGCGACGCGACGAGGCGGGACAGUCGGUUUCAUUGAGCCAAACUUAAGAGAUGAUCCUUAUUUUUGUAAUCAGUUCGCUGGCUUCUUAAAUCUGGACGAAGGUUUCUCGGGGAGGCGGGAGGGGAGGGGGAGAAGGCGGCUGGAGGACUGCGGCGGCAGCGCAGGAGGAGGAGGAGGAGGAGGAGGAAGAGCAAGCUCAGUUUCAGCUGGAUCUGUCACUGAUGACGUCUCGGCGCGGGGCACGGAUGGGGCUGGACGUUGGAUUACUGCAAACAAGGCCGGGUUGAGUCACGCUUCAACAACAAACCUUCUCUCCCCUCCGCCCCGACCCGCUUGUGCGUACAAUCAGCUUUUUCUAGCAAUCGUGAGUUUGUCGGUUUUAAAGAAAAAAAGAGAAAAGAAAAAGACAAAAAAAACAAAAAACAAAAAACCCACAAAAAACAAAAAAAAAAAAAACAAAAAAGAAGCAACCUACGAAAGCAAAGAGUAUUUUGACCCACUGGGUUGGUUUUUUUUUUGCCAUGUUUUAUGCUGGUUUCGGGCGCCCGGAGGAACGGGGGCCGACGAUGUGUAUAUUGCAAUGGGGGAAAAACUAAUAGGCAAAAAAAAAUAGAGAAAAAAAAAAAAAAAGGCCAAAAAAAAAAAUAAAGAGAACAGUUUGGGGCAAAAAAAGCGCAAUAAUUUUUAGGGGGAAGGACGGGGGGAGGGCUCUGUCAAUUAUUGUAGAUAAAAUUUUCUGAUUAAAUAUUAAAUAAAAUUAAGCAGUCGGUUCUUUCUGCUUUGAUUGUGUUUAACAGCUGAGGUAGCUUAAACUAUUUAAAAUAAUAAUAAUAAAAUAAUAAUAAUAAUUGAA